UCCCUUUUCACUCUCCUCUUGAGAACAGAGCAAAGUUUCCAAUUCAAGUCAUGGAUGUACAAACGUUUAGCUGGAAACUUUUUUUAUUUCUAUUUCUUUGUAAUUUAUACCUUUAUUGUACUACAACCGAAAUUUGCUCCAACAGCAUUCUCCCUGGAUCAAAAGGCGAUCCAGGUGGAGUGGGAGCAGACGGUGAAGAGGGAAGAAUGGGGAAAACCGGCCCACCUGGUCAGCGAGGCCUGACCGGUGAAUAUGGAGAAAAAGGAGAGAUGGGCCAAAUGGGAAAGAUGGGCCCUAGAGGAACGAGAGGUGACAAGGGACAACAAGGAGUUGAUGGUCUCCCAGGGUUAAAAGGAAAGCCUGGAACGACCUGUGACUGUGGGAGGUACAGAAAGGUUGUCAGACAGAUGGACAUCAAUAUAAGCAAACUGAGAAAUGCUGUCAGGUUUCUUAAGAAUGUGGUUCUAGGUAUCAGGGAGACUGAGAACAAGUUUUACCUGCUGGUGACAGAGGCACGGAGGUAUGAAGACUCACUUCUAAACUGCAAAUUGCGUGGGGGGUCUCUUGCUAUGCCCAGAACUACAGAGACAAACACCUUGUUGGCCAACUAUAUCAGAGAAGCUGAUCUUACUCAUGUGUUCAUAGGACUACAGGUAGGGGUGACAGAGGUGGGGUACAUGUAUGUUGAUGGUAAGCCCCUCUUGAAUCCCACAGUCUGGGCUCUGCAGGGGUCUCACAGUGGUAAAGGUGGCUGUAUGCAGCUUGGUAGUACCGGAGGCUGGAGUCAGGUAGAUUGUGGAGCCGCACAGUACUACAUAUGUGAGUUUGUCAAAAACAAAAACACUUCAGCAACUUUAGUCUUGUGAUGGUUUAAUGGCCACAGAGGGAAAGAGUUUUAUUUUUAUAUCAUUAUUUUUAAUAUGCUAAGCUAAUGUAUGAGUAAAUGUCAUAUAUCUUGUCUCUGUAUUUUGAAUUUGCAAAAAUGUUUUGAUGUUUUUGAUUUUAUGAAAAUUAUCCAUCACCCUUUUAAUCACUUAAAUUAAAUAAAAAGUAAAUAAGAUAACAAGG